CUAAAAGGAGCUACAUAAGAAGGGGACAUCGACGGAAACAACACUUGGGGUGGACACAUGAAUCAUUGGGGAAAACGGCAUGGCUCGCUCCUCUCUAGCCCUCUCUCAGCAACCGUCCCUGCCAGGGAUGCCGCAGGCAGUGCUUGCGGUUCGCAUGGAGCCCAAGUACCAGUGCCAGCAGUGUCAGGGGGUGCUGAGGAAGCCCUUCCAGGCCCAGUGCGGACAUCGCUUCUGUGCGCACUGCCUUACACAGCUCACCAGCUCUGGACCGAAGCCCUGCAAGGCGUGCCAGCAGGAGGAAAUAUUUGAAGAGACCCUGUCCAUCCUCAACUUCAGUGAGGCUUUUCCUGACAAUGCGGCCCGAAGAGAAAUCGACAGCCUGCCUGCCACCUGCCCCAAUGAUGGCUGCUCCUGGAAGGGAAAGAUAAAGGAGUAUGAGGAGCAACACGAGGGAAAGUGUGAGUUUGAGCGCGUGAAGUGUGAGGCGUGCCAGGCCCUAAUCCUGCUCAGCGAACGGGAGAGACACAACGAGCGAGAGUGUGAGGAGAGGACCCUCAACUGCAAAUACUGCAAGGUCACCUUUAGCUUCAAAGAAAUCAAGGCCCACGAUGAUAUUUGCCAGAAAUUCCCAAUGCAGUGCAAAGAAUGUGGCAAGAAGAAGAUCCCACGAGAAAAGUUUGCAGAUCACAUCAAGUCCUGUGCAAAGUCGAAGACACUGUGUCCUUUCAGUGCUGUUGGCUGCGGGGCAGUGGUGGACAAUGAGAAGCAGGCCGAGCACGAGCAGACCCACAUUUCGGAGCACUUGCGCCUCCUGCUGGCCGAGCUGCCCCUGAUGCGGCUGCGGGCCGAGGGGGCCGGGGAGUGGCAGGAGGACUCGGGGCUGGGGCUGUACCGGGCGCCGGAGGAAAGAGCGCCCUCCGCGGGCGCCGCGGGACAGACGAGCGGCCUGGGGCAGAAGGUGAUGGCGCUGGAGAACAUCGUGUGUGUGCUGAACAGAGAGAUGGAGAGGAGCUCCCUCACCCUGGAGGCUUUCUCCCGCCAGCACCGGCUCGACCAGGACAAGAUCGACAGCCUCACCAACAAGGUGCGGCAGCUGGAACGCACUCUGAACAUGCGGGACCUGCAGCUGGCCGAGACGGAGCAGAUGCUGCGGGAGCUGGAGUACUGCACCUACGACGGCGUCUUCGUCUGGAAGAUCGUCGACUUCUCCCGCCGCCGCCAGGAGGCACUGGCCGGACGCGCCCCCGCCAUGUUCUCCCCAGCCUUCUACUCCAGCAAGUACGGCUACAAGAUGUGUCUGAGGCUGUACCUGAACGGCGACGGGACGGGCCGGGGAACGCACCUCUCGCUCUUUUUCGUGGUGAUGAGGGGCAAGUACGACGCCCUGCUGAAGUGGCCCUUCAGCCAGAAGGUGACACUGAUGCUCCUAGACCAGAACAACCGGGAGCACAUCAUCGACGCCUUCCGGCCGGACGUCACCUCCACCUCCUUCCAGCGGCCCAUCAGCGAGAUGAACAUCGCAAGUGGCUGCCCGCUCUUCUGCCCGCUGGCCAAGCUGGCCGGCAAGAGCUCGUACCUGAGGGACGACACCGUCUUCAUCAAGGCCAUCGUGGACCUCACCGGCCUCUAGCCCCACGGGAACUGCGAGACCCUUUUGGGGGGCAGAUGAUGCCGAGGAAACCCAGGCUGAGUGAAGCGGGCCCGAGCACAAGGCUGCCGCUUCGAGCCCUGGUCAGGGCUACUCCACCCAGCCCUGACCAUGGUUCGAACAGGCGCUAUGUGGCUUCACUGCUCUGUAGGAGCAGGAGACUGUAGGAGUCUCCUAUAUGUCAACCAUAUAUAUAUAUAUAUGGUUUUUAAUUAUUUCUAUAUCUAUAAAUAUAUAGAAAGCUCCCUUUACCAUGGUAGGAGUCCUACAGUGGAUAUAAAAAGUCUACACACCC